AACCUUACAAAUAUAUACAAAAUUUUGCAAAGAGCAAGGGACACAGCUCUUAAAAGAUAUCAUGAAUACUGCUAUUAUUGCCAAGUCCUCUGGAGUGAGGAAAGGUGCAUGGACUGAGGAAGAAGAUUUUCUAUUGAGAAAAUGUAUUCAGAAUUAUGGAGAAGGAAAGUGGCAUCUUGUUCCCAUUAGAGCUGGUCUGAAUAGAUGCAGAAAGAGCUGUAGAUUGAGGUGGCUGAAUUAUCUAAGGCCGCAUAUAAAGAGAGGUGACUUUGGUUGGGAUGAAAUAGAUCUCAUUUUGAGACUUCAUAAGCUUCUAGGCAACAGAUGGUCACUUAUUGCUGGGAGAUUGCCGGGAAGAACAGCAAACGAUGUGAAAAACUACUGGAACUCACACCUACAAAAGAAGCUAAUAACUGCUCCUCAUCGACAAGAGAAAAAGUACAAUACUGCCCUCAAGAUCACCACAAAAAACGUACUAAGACCUCGCCCUCGGACCUUCUCAUCAAGUGCAAAGAAUAAUAUUUCUUGGUGCACCAACAAAAGUACUGUUAUCACAAACACACUAGACAAAGACGAACGCGACAAAGAAAUAGGACUAAAUAUUUGUCAGAAGCUCACAAGUGAAACGUCGUCGACUAUAGAUGAUGGAGUUCAAUGGUGGACAAGUUUACUGGAAAAUUGCAAGGAAAUUGAGGAAGAUGUGGCUGCAGUUGGGAUCUUUGAGGAAAAAAAUAAGUUGGUACCAAGUUUGUUGCAUGAUGAGAUUAAUUCACUAACCAUGCAACAAGGACAAAGUGAUGGUUGGGAUGACUUUUCUGCUGAUAUUGACCUAUGGAAUCUACUUAAUUAGUUUCAUCAAUCUCCAUUAAUGACAUAUAAUUAAUAGUAUUGAAGAGCAGUACUUGUACUGGGGUUACAUCUAAUAUAAUUCUGUUCGUACUAUCCCAAGUACAAGUAGGGUCUAUCACUAUUUUCAUAUUAAGAGUUUUAAGUUAUUCCACGCAUCUUCAAUGUAAGAACUCUUUUCCUGUCACUUUUUUAUAUUAUAAUAGUAUGCAAGGGUUAUAAAUUAUAUGUUUUCACGUGUU